GAUUCACUGGAAAUGGGAUUGUGUAAAUGUCCGAAGAAGAAAGUAACAAAUUUGUUCUGCUUUGAACAUCGAGUCAACGUUUGUGACUAUUGUUUGGUUCAUAGUCACCCGAAGUGUGUCGUUCAAAGUUAUCUCUCGUGGCUAGCAGAUAGCGAUUACGAUACGAAUUGUUCACUGUGUGCGACGCCGUUGGCUAAUCACGAAACUAUUCGAUUACAGUGUCUUCAUUUAUUUCACUGGCAGUGCUUGGACGCAUGGGCACGUCGUUUUCCGUCGAAUACGGCUCCAGCUGGCUACAAAUGUCACCUCUGUCAAGAGGCAAUCUUCCCGGCAGCCAAUCAAACAUCACCGAUUAUCGAGGAGCUUCGAACGAUCUUGCAACGAUCCAACUGGGCUCGAACGGCUCUCGGACUUACUUUGGUCGGUUUAUUGAUAACAUCGUCCAUAGAAAUACGAAAUGAAAAGUUAGUGAGUGGAAAUGAUCGUACAAAUAAACAGAUUUUAUGCAAAAUAAUCAUAUUGGUCGAGAAGGAUGGUCGUACAUCAAAUCAAGAAUUUUUGACAGCGAAUAAUCCAAGUGCGAAUCAGUCUCAACAGCAGAAACAGCAUUACCAGCAGUCAGCUGUUUCGGCCAGUCAAAGGAACAAUCCGCCGUCUCGAAGUGAAACACCGGAUACUCAUUUGAAUGUGGAGGAUGUGUAUGAGGGACAGCAACAUCAUUACCGCGAUGAACGACAGUCGCAUUUCACUGCAAGGAAGGUGAUGGGACCGGGUGAUGAUAGCACGGAUACAACACAGUUGCUGGCAACGAGUAGAGAACGAGGACGUGAUGAGGAUUUGGCCGAGAAUAAAUACAAAAGGAGAUCGGCAACUGAAUGGCUGUCGAGAUGGUUGAGUGUUUGCAGAUCGCGAUAUAGUCAUGGCAGCGGUUAUCAGCCAGAAACGGGUCGAUUCAGACGGAAACGUUUGUGUUUCAUUCUGUUCAUCGUGUUGGUGGCGCUUCUGACCGCGUUCACACUGCUCACCCGACUGGUCGGUGGCCCUGCUGAUGACGACCCGGCAUUCGACCCACUCGCUAAUCCUAACAUUAGGGUGGCUGCUGUCCAGGAAUCGAAUCUCAACUAA